CCCUCGACCCCCCGACCCCCCGCUCCGCCCGCCAUGUUCGCCAAGGCCUUCCGCCUCAAGUCCAACACGGCCAUCAAGGGGUCGGACCGGAGGAAGCUACGAGCCGACGUGACUGCUGCCUUCUCCGCUCCCGGCAUCUCCGAGCUGGUGCCCAGCAAGGACGACCUCAACGUUGUCAAGCUCUAUGCCCACAAGGGAGAUGCCGUGACCGUCUACGUCAGAGGUGGCAACCCCAUCCUCUUUGAACUGGAGAAGAACCUGUACCCGACAGUGUACACAUUGUGGUCCUACCCCGAUCUCCUGCCAGCCUUCACGACGUGGCCCCCUGUGCUGGCGAAGCUCGCCGGGGGAGCGGAUUUGAUGCUGCCCGGGCUCGUGGUGCCACCCUGUGGGCUUCCCCGGGUACAACAGGGGGAUCUCUGCGCCAUCAACCUGGUCGGGAGCAGGGCGCCGGUAGCCGUUGCCGUGGCCGCCAUGUCCACGGCCGAGAUGCUGGCGUCGGGCAUGAAAGGGCGGGGCUUGACCGUGCUCCACACCUACCUGGAUCACCUGUGGCGCUCGGGGGACAAGUCCUCCCCACCCUCCAUCUCCCCCUUGGGGCCAGAGCCCAGCGGAACCAGGAGCGGGGAUGAGGAGGAGCCGGUCCAGGGGGACCCCACUCAGCAGGUGGACCUGGAGAGCCUGAGCCUGACGGGGAGCAGUGAGAACGGGGGGAUCGUCCGGCGGGAAGCCGAAGAGAAGGCCCCCAAGGAAGGCCUGGAAGAGGUUGACAGCGGAGGAGCGGAAGAAAGGACAGGAAGCCUCGGCCCGCAGGAGCAAAUGGACGCCCUCCUGCACCGGUGUUUCCUCCGUGCCCUGAAGAGUCGGGUGAAGAAGGCUGACCUGCCCCUGCUCACCAGCACCUUCCUGGGCAGCCACAUGUUCUCCUGCUGCCCUGAAGGACAACAGCUGGACAUAAAGAAAUCAAGUUACAAGAAGCUGUCCAAGUUCCUGCAGCACAUGCAGCAGCAGCAGGUCGUGCAGGUGAAGGAGCUGAGCAGAGGGGUGGAGAGCAUCGUCGCCGUGGACUGGAAGCACCCCAGCAUCGCGUCCUUCCACGAGGCCGACCCCUCCCCAGAUGGACCGAGCCCUCAGGAGUGCGAGGGGGAGCAGCCGUACCACCCUCCCGACAUCGAGCCCGCCUACUGCAUUCCGGCCAACAUGAGUCCCCUCUUCCAGGAGUCCGGCCACAAGAAGGGGAGCUUCCUCUCGGCCGGCGAGGCCCGGGCCGCCUGCAUUGAUUAUGUGAAAAGAAACCAGCUGGUGGACGAAGACAACAAGAACCUAGUGAAGAUUGAUCCCAUCUUGUGCGACUGCCUGUUGGAGAAAGUCGAACGGAAUUCCGUCCUGAAGCUCCCCUGGGACAAUCUCCUGUCCAGGUGCCUGGAGAGACUGCAGCCUGCUUACCGGGUGACCUUUUACGGCCAAGAGCCCGUGAUGAAGAAAGGCAAGAUCUCUCCCAUCGAGAUCACCCUAGCUCAGAGAGCAUCCAACAAAAAGGUGACCCUCAUCAGGAACCUGGAAGUGUACGGCCUGGACCCCUAUUCCGUGGCCAAUAUUCUCCAGCUGCGAGGACAGGCCAGUGCCACCCUCUGCCCCGUCCCCGGGACCAAAGACACGGUCCAAGUCCAGAUCCAGGGCAACCAGAUCAACCACCUGAGUCGGCUGCUGCUUGACGAGUAUCACAUCCCCCGGAAGUACGUCCAAGGCCUGGAAAAGGCCCCCAAAGCUGGCAAAAAGAAGUGACGAGGCCCCAGUCCACUUCGGAGUGCCCUGGGAAUCCAGGCCGGUAAUUGAAAAUAAACUUACUGUAUGCGCGCGCCGAAGGUUUCCGGGAGAAAUUCUGUAGUGCAUCUUUUCUCUGGAGAUGUUCAUCACGUGGAAGAAUUCUUGGAAUGGUCAUCCCGAGAGGUCAUCUUAUCUCCCCAUCGUUUCCAGCGAGGGACCACCCUAAGACUUCCUAGAUAGCGGAGAACCUGGGUGGCUUGAAAAAUCGGUCGGGGAGGGGGAUCCCAGAGCCGAUUCCAACCGUCAGCACUCCCUGCUGCAGUGUCUCAGGCCCAGCCUUCGGAGGACAGAGACUGGGUAAGCUCCCCGUGGGCGGGGAACAUCUCUACCAACUCUGAUGUACUCUCCCAAGUGCUUAGUACAGUGCUUGGCGCACAGUAAGCGCUCAAUAAAUACCUUUGUCGGA